AUGCUCCGCUGGCGGCCGCUCCGGCGCGACGUGCACGAAUGGAUCGUAGCGCCCAAGGCCGGCCGCUGUCGCAUCCCCGCGCCAGAGAUGGGCGCGGCGCUGAACGUGCUCAUCGUGUCCGAUCCGCAGGUCGUGGGGCGCGGCACGUACGAGGACGCGCUGUGGAUCUUUUGGGAAGCUGCGCGUUUCUUUUCGGACCAGUAUCUUCGCAAGGUGUGGCGCGCAUUGCAGGGGAGCGGCCUCGGCGCCUCGCUCACGGCAGCGCCGCCGGCCGCCGACGUGGUCGUGAUGCUCGGCGACAUGUCUGACCGCGGACGGUGGUACACGUCCAAGGAAAGAUGGGCGGCGCUCCAGGUGCGGUGGCAUACCAUCUUUUCCGGGACGCACAUCGUGCAGGGCGGUGGAGCGCUCGGCAGGCGCACUGCGCCGUCCAUCCCCGCACUGGUCGUGCCCGGCAACCACGACAUCGGCCUCCCGGACGCAGAGACCGGGCUGCAUACGGCUGCGAACAAAGAGGCCGCCGCGUGGUUCGCCGAUAUGUACGCACCGCACGUCGACGACGCCUUCCGCCUCGCCAACACGACCACCCCCUCGUGGAAUGCGCGCAUUCCGGUGUCGGUCGACGGCGCAACGACGACGCACGAGCUGGUGCUCGUCAAUGCGCUCGACCUCGUGAGCAUGCAACCGCUCCUUUCCGAGCCGUUUGACGCGGGCGGCACGCGCUUUGCGGCGGCCAAAGCACGCGCGCCGCACACCACACACAUGAUCGAUUUGUUGGACGAGGAGGCCAAGAACCACACGCAGCUCCCCCCACGCAUCCUUUUUUCGCACGUCCCCCUCUCUCGGGGCCGCGACGAGCACUCGUGCGACGUGCCGUGGCGCACGGCGACGCACGGCGUGCGCCGCGAGUCGCACCGCGCCCCCGUGCCCGGCGGCGAUAUCCUGCAAGGCGGCGACCUGCAGCGCACGUACCAGAACCUGGUGCAGCCCGAGGUGUCCGAGUACGUGCUUGGCGCCGUGCAGCCCGCGCUGCUCUUUUCCGGCGACGACCACGACCACUGCGAGGCGGUGCACCACUCGUGGCGCUUCCGCACCGCGACGCACGGCAGCGUGCCCGGCUUUAGCGUGAUCGACGUCCCGGAGCUCACGGUCAAGUCGAUCUCGAUGCUCGAGGGCGUGCGCCGCCCGGGCUACGCAUGGCUGCAGCUGUCGUCGACCAACACCGUGCCGUCGAUGGAGUAUACCCCGUGCCUGCUGCCCGACCAGGUGGCGCUGUGGCUCUACCUCUACGUCCCUCUUUUCCUGCUCACGCUCGUGCUGGGCCUGCACCGGAGCAUGCACCCCGCGCAUAGCGCGCAGCUCCUCCCGAGCCACGAGUCGAUUCCGAUGGAGCGCAUCGGGCGCGACCGACGCCGGCGGCCAGUCGAGGCGUACGCCCCGUCGCGUCUCGCGCGUCUCGCGCGCGUCGUCGCGAUGGUCGGCGUAGUGCCCCUCCCGUUCUGGGUCGCACUGCAGCACUAG